UCUAUUGAUCCGGGACAGCAGUUUACCUGGGAACACUCCAACCUCGAGGUUAACAAGCCAAAGAACCGCUACGCCAACGUCAUCGCUUAUGAUCACUCCAGAGUGCCUCUUACACCAGUGGAUGGAGUUCCAGGUAGCGACUACAUAAAUGCAAACUACAUUGACGGCUACAGGAGACAGAACGCCUACAUCGCCAUGCAGGGACCCCUGCCGGAGACCCUGGCUGACUUCUGGAGGAUGGUAUGGGAGCAGAAG